UUCAGUGCAGAGUGCACGCGAUCUUGUGGACAUCCGCAAAGAAGACAACCUAGGCUCAAGCUCUUUUAAGAUUCUGAACUGUUCUACUGGUACUGGCUUAUACGUCUUUCAACUUUUACAUCAAUAUUACUUCUAAUCAUGACGUAAGAAGAGUGGCCGUGGAGAGCUCCCGCCAGCCGAGAAAGGAUUUUUCGUCCGCCACCAGCACACGCCAAUCCAAUGGAGUUGCACUAAUGCGAUGAGAUCCCGCAAAAUGGCGCAAAGGAUUUGGAUAGCUUUCGUGACGGUCCUUGCUAUUCCAGGUAACCAAGGAGAUGACGGUGAAUACAUUCGCCCCAUCGUGUCUCACGAGUACCGUUUGAUCCAGCAUUUGAUGGCGAAUUACGACCGUUCGGUGCGACCUUCCCGAAACGCCGCCGAACCAUUAAACAUCACAUUUGGAUUGGCUCUGACUCAAAUCAUCGACGUGGAUGAACGGAAUCAAAUUCUGACUACAAAUUGCUGGAUGAAUCAGAUGUGGACCGAUUACAGUCUCGUUUGGAACGUCUCCGAGUUCGGCGGGAUCCGAGUGGUUCGCAUUCCGGCCGACAAAGUGUGGAAGUCGGAUAUCAUUCUGUAUAACAACGCCGACUCUGAAUACAACUCGGCUUUAUUGUCAACAAACGUAAUCGUUACUCACGACGGCAAUCUCACGUGGCUCUCGUCCGCCAUUUUCAAAUCAUCUUGCGGCAUCAAUGUUGAAUAUUUCCCAUUCGACGAGCAGAAAUGCUCCAUGAAAUUCUCCAGUUGGACCUACGACGGCUUGCAAGUGAAUUUGUUGAAUCAAGCCGAAGAAGGCGACUUGUCCAAUUAUGUUCCAAAUGGCGAAUGGGAUCUCAUUGAUUUGGUGGUCGAGCGAAAUGUAGUGUUCUAUUCCUGUUGCGAAGAACCUUAUCCGGAUAUCACGUUUCACAUUGUUCUGAGGCGCAGACCUCUCUUCUACGUAUUCAAUUUGAUCCUGCCAUGUGUUUUGAUAACGGGGAUUGCAUUGAUGUCGUUUUACAUGCCCUCCGAUUCCGGCGAGAAAGUGACUCUCGGCAUCACAACGCUACUCUCCAUGACAGUUUUCCUUAUGGUUAUCGGCGAGAGUAUGCCACCAACAUCGGAGAAACUUCCACUUAUAGGGUUAUAUUACGGCGUGACCAUCAGCCUCGUCUCGUUUGCCACUGGCCUGUCCGUGGUAACGCUCAAUAUUCACCACAGAGGGAUGCGCGGUCGAGGGGUGCCACCGUUGGUGAAAAAAAUCGUUUUUGGGGUUCUGGCGAAAUUACUUUUUAUUCAUCUGGACGUUUCAGAAGGAUGUUCCUGUAGUACCAAAGCCAAGGAAUUCCAGCAGAAAAAUCAAAUGGAAAUGAAUGAGCGUUUCAACGUCGAUGUAGGAGACAGUCUCAAGAGCGACAGCAACGGCAGUUUGCCACACCGACUGGUUGUUGUUUUUGUUGCCGCCGCUUGGUUUUAUUUCCGGGAAUCAAGUUUUGGCGCCAGUGCCGGAUUGAUAAACAGCGUUCCGUCCAACAUUGGGCCCGUCGACAAUUUUGAGCGACAAUUCUUGCGGGUGCUCAACAAAGUCUACCAACACAUUGAGCGCAGUGAAGCCCGAUUGGCCGAUCAAGAUCGUAAGGACGUCAUCAAGUUAGAGUGGCAGCAAGUAGCUCUAGUGAUCGACAGGUUCCUCCUGUGGAUAUUCAUCAUUUCAACCGUGGCCGCCACUUUUGGCAUUCUUUACAUGUCUCCUCACUCGAGACUGUUUAGCAUGUAAUCAGACCAGUAAGCGAUCGAGAACGAGCUCGACAAUUUAUUCAGCCGAAUAAUAAUAAUUUACGUAAUGAAUAGAUGUAUAACCAUGUUUUGUCUUUACUUAAUCAGAUCUUUAGUGGGAUUGUACAGUUUUUUUUUAACAAGUAUAUCGUCAGUCCUUUGUCAGUAUUCGCCUAUCUGAGGUGAAAUAUAAAUCAUAUUCUGAUUUAAAAAAAAAACUAUUAGGUAUACAAGGGAAUACCAAAAUUAGCAUCUGUGCCCCCAACCUUUAAUGUCUCCGAAACAGGUAAAAAAAAUCCUCCACGGAGCUUCCUCACAUGCUCUAUAUACGUAUCGAGUCUCUUCAAGUGUUAUGUAUAAAAAAAAUGUAGGCUAACAUGUUUUGGGUUGCGUAAUGAUGUUUAAGAAUGUUAUCCAUUUGGGCAACAUAAAGACAAAGAAAUAAACAAUAAAGA